CUUCCCACAUCAAGUGUCGCACGGAAGGUUUCCAUCAAAAGCGCCCGCGCCCGCGCUUCUUUCAUCAUGGCUGCCGGUACGCCCGGCGGCGAGCCGACCGUUGGGUCUGACACGCCUCGCUUGCGGGGCAAAGCGACUCCUGAGACGCUCAAAACUGGGUGCAUCGCUUGGGUGGAAAAAGAAGGACAACCACGGCGGGCCGAGAUCCUCAGCAUCAAAGAGACAAAGAGCGGCAAGCAAUUCUACUGCAACUUCGACAACUUCAACAAGCGAUUGGACGAGUGGGUCCCUGUGGCGAGAAUCGACUUCACCCAAGACGUGGAGUGGCCGAAUCCCGAGAAGGAGAAGCUGAAGGAGAGCAAGUCCAAAAAGGCGCCCUCGGCGCAGAACAAGAAAGCGCAAGUUUCGAAGAAGGCUCAGAAGCGCCCCGGGAAGCGCGAACAAUCGGUACAGUCUGAGGCGACCACCCCUCAUCCGUGGUCAGAAUUUGUCGAACUGCAAGGCCAGCGAAAAUCUUCUUCUGUAGGACUCGAUGGCGAUUCCCAAGCACGGGCCAGCGUUGAGGCGAGCGCGACCCCCGCAGGGGCGGACGAGAUGGACAUUGACGACAAGGAAGAGGACAACAAGAAAGACGAGGGUACGUUCAACCGAGAGGAUGAGAUCGAAAAGCUGCGGACGUCGGGCUCGAUGACACAAAACCCGGCCGAGAUAUCCCGCAUUCGAAAUAUAUCCAAGGUGCAAUUUGGCAGGAACGAUCUAUUCCCGUGGUACUUUUCGCCGUAUCCCGAGGCCUUCAGCCAAGAAGACGUCAUAUUCAUAUGCGAGUUCUGCUUGAGCUACUACGGUGAUGAACACGCCUUCACACGGCAUCGCAAGAAGUGCUCGCUGCUGCACCCGCCAGGCAACGAGAUCUACCGAGACGAUUACGUAUCUUUCUUCGAAAUCGACGGCCGGCGACAGAGGACGUGGUGUCGAAACCUUUGCCUGUUGUCAAAGAUGUUCCUUGACCACAAGACGCUCUACUACGAUGUGGAUCCGUUCCUAUUUUACGUCAUGGCAACGCGGAGCGACAAAGGAUGCCACAUUGUGGGAUACUUCUCCAAGGAAAAAGAGAGCGCGGACGGGUACAACGUGGCGUGCAUUCUGACGUUGCCACAGUACCAGCGCAAAGGAUUUGGCAGACUUCUCAUCCAGUUUUCGUACGAGCUUUCCAAGAUCGAGGGCAAGCUGGGGUCGCCAGAGAAACCGCUGUCAGAUCUGGGGCUGCUGAGCUAUCGUCAGUACUGGUCUGAGAAUAUCCUGGAUGUUUUGCUGGGGUACAACGAGCGGGAUGACAAGGUGACGAUUGAAGGGAUCUCGACGGCCCUGGCGAUGACGACGCAAGAUGUGGAGCAUACGCUCCAAGCAAUGAAGAUGCAGGUGUACCACAAGAGCGACCACAAGAUUGUUAUCCCGGAGAAGCUCAUCAAGCAGCGAGAGAAGCAGAGACUGAAGCAGAAGCGGGUACUGGAUCCACUGAGAAUACAGUGGAAGCCGCCUGUGUUUACAGCGUCGAGCCGGACAUGGGGUUGGUGAAGUAGAGUCGGAAGCGACUCGGGUGUAUGUUACACGCAGCAUUGGAUUUAGUCAAGAUACCCUCUUUUGUGACGAUGAGCCAGGGGUCAAACCUGUCUGCGUGCGUGUUCAUCAGAAGUUGAGGAAGCGCAACAAGGAUCAAGGCUCGGGCGGGCCAAGGUCUGCGUCUUUUGAGAGGCUCUUGCGGUUCGUUGGCUUUGUUGAGCAUAGGCUCACUGCUCGGAUGUGUGGGGAGUCCGGCGAGUCUCGGCACGCCUCCAGCGCUACUUAUGGACCAGCACUUCGUGGUAAGGAAAGCACUGAUGCAUGAACUUGGAAAGGCGCAAGGCACAUGCAUUCAUUGCCUUACCAUGCAUGGAAGCACUGGGCAGUGGGG